AGGACCGUGACCCCAAGAUGGCGGCGCCCAGCGGACCCGGCGCGGCCGCCUCCUGCCAAGGCGACGGCGGAGGUGGAGGCGGCGACUUUGGUCCGUGGCUAGAUGGACGGUUGGAGGCGCUGGGAGUGGACCAGGCUGUGUAUGGCGCCUACAUCCUUGGGGUCCUGCAGGAGGAGGAGGAGGAGGAGAAGCUGGACGCUCUGCAGGGGAUCCUGUCGGCUUUCCUGGAAGAAGAUUCUCUUCUGAAUAUCUGCAAGGAAAUUGUGGAACGAUGGUCAGAAUCUCAAAGUGUUGUCACCAAAGUGAAAAAAGAAGACGAGGUCCAGGCCAUCGCCACCCUCAUUGAGAAGCAGGCACAGAUCGUGGUGAAGCCCAGGCUGGUGUCGGAAGAGGCGAGACAGAGGAAGGCGGCCCUGCUGGCCCAGUACGCCGAUGUGACCGAUGAGGAAGACAACCCAGAUGAGGAUGACUUGGGCGCUGCCACCAUGAACCUUGGUUCUGAUAAAUCUCUGUUCCGAAACACCAACGUGGAAGACGUCCUCCAUGCCCGAAGACUGGAGCGAGACUCGCUUCGGGAUGAGUCUCAAAGGAAGAAGGAGCAGGACAAGCUGCAGAGGGAGAGGGACCGACUGGCCAAGCAGGAGCGCAAGGAGAAAGAGAAGAAAAGGACACAGCGAGGAGAGCGAAAGCGAUAACCUUGGCCCACUCUGGGCUUCCCACCGUGAACUUGACCAGAGGGAGAAGUGGUUGUACAUACAGGGACUCGAGAAAAACUGAGGACGCCGUCAAAUGGCUUUGCAAGGCACUUCUCCCUUUGUGGACACGAUGGAAAGGACAUUCAGACUCACCUCCCAUUCCAGAAUGUGCCAUGUUUGGGUGGUGUGGGCAGCCCCGUCCUUACAGUUGAUAUCUGUACCAAAGAUCUGGAAUAGGGACAGCGUCUCUGUUUUAAUGCUGACGUCCUGUGCUCCUUUGCCUACCUUAAAAAGUCUUCCUUCACCUUGGGCACGUGGCAGGGGGGUCCAGAAAACCAAUGAUGCCCGCUUUCUUCUGAAGGAGCAGUCAGGAGCACUCCGCCCUGCUGGGGUGUGGGCGGGAGUGCGAAUGACCCCACACGGCCUCACCCCCAAACAUGGUUUUAUGGCUGAACUGGCAAAUGAGCAGCGCACCCCACCCCCACCCCCCGGUCCAGAGUGAGUGUGUGUUUCAUGGCAGUAGUUAGGAAGAUGGAAAUCACUGGAGGUGUUUUAGAUUUUUUUCUUUAAUGGUUUCAGCCUGUGGAAGAAAAUGGUAUCUUCUCAUGUGAGACAGUUACAUAUUUUUGCCCAUGUAGGCUGUGACUUUGUUCUAAGAAGGCUGUGUUGUUAGUUAAAAUUUUCUGAUUUGCCAUAAAGUAUAUGAGUAUUAGUCAUUCCUGAUUUUAG